AUGAAUAUUGUCCAAUGGAUAUAACACUCUGGGAAUGAAUAACCCCAAUGCAAAUCCAUUAUAAAUGGAUUAUUUUGAAGAACAAGACCACAUAGUAGAACACAACAACAGCCAUACAACUAUACAAGUUCCGCAUGGGCUCUUACAGUGCGGGAGUAUUAUACGAAAUAUAAUGAGAUGCCUGCUAUAUUUAUAUGGGAGAAAAGGCUGGAAGUGACCUUUGAAUUAGAUGACUAAGAUGAGGAAGGAGUCUAUUGUAACUUCAAGGAAGACUGGAAUGGUGAAUCCCAAGAUGGAAAACCCUUUUGUAUCCUUUUGUGGAAACAUAUAAUGCUGGAUAAUUUUUUCUGGUUUUAUUUGAUCUGUAAAUGCUUAAAACUCUUCAAAAAUAAUGCAAAUAGAGUUAUGAUGUCUUCACAAGAGUUGACCUAAUUGUCAUCUAAGGUUGAAGUUCUCUAAAAUUGAGUUCACGUUUACCAGUACAUUACUACAUUGAACAUUGAAGGUUGGAGUAUUACAUAUUAUAAAAAUAGGAUGAUUUGGUUCAAAUGUUAAACAUUGAACAAUUUAUUUUAAAUAAAAUAUCCUUGAAUGGUAUUUCAACGACAAAAGUAAGAAAUGAGAAAUUUAGGUGACGAUGAUCAUAUUGAGAUAUUUAAGUUGUGGAAUAAUACGACCUCUUAAUAAUUCAUCUUAAUCUAUAAACUAAUCAAUACUUGCAAUUCAUCUAGGAAUGAUACAUUAGGGCACCUUAUUCAUGUUCAAAAAACUAGGAAUUUACAUUUUCAUAAGCGUACUAUAUAUAAUAAUUCAAAAAUAUAAUUAAUCUUAGUGGAUUAGACUUUCAGUAUAAAAGUUAAUGACAUAUUUUUUUUUGACAGAAAAGUUAAUGACAUUAGAAUAUACUCCCUCCGUCCCAGGGAGAAGUUCCCACUUUCCUUUUUUAGUAGUCCCAACAAAAAGUUCCCAUUUCCCUAAAUGGAAAGUUAUCCUACAUCAAAACAGUGUCAAACAGUGCAAAACAGUGCCAAACAGUAUCGAAACAGUGCCAAACAGUGUCGAAACAGUGCCAAACAGUAAAAUUUACCCCUCAGUAACUUUAUUUCUUAAAUAUGUGUGAAAGUCAACCCGAGAACUUCUCCAUGAGACGGAGGGAGUAUUUAUGUUCGUAUCACAUACGUAGUAGUACGGAGUUUAUUCCAAUCAUUUUUAUGUCUAAAGAAUAAUUAAUUUUUGUAAAUAACUAAUAAAUAACAAAUCCUGGAACAUGUAUUGAAAUUAUCCGCUACGGUGUUAAAUCAACUUUAUAUAUAAAAACUUUAAUAAAAACAUAUACUCUUCGUCUCAAUUUGUUUUGCAAAAUUUCCUUUUUGAUUCGUCCCAAAAUGAUUUUCCAUUUUCCAUUUGGUAUAGAAAUAUCAUUAAAGUGACAAGUUUGCCCUUACUCCUACUCCGUACUUUCUAAUCCGCCACCACACCCAUCCACUUAUUAAUUCCCAUCCAUCUCUCCCAUCACUUUCACUGUACCCCACCAUCUCUCUCCCCAUUUUCUCAAUCGAAACAACACUCUGUAAAUGGGCUCUUUCUAAGUUUCCAUGGCCAGAUUCUUUUUGCUUUUCAAGAUGAAGAUGGACAAAAGAAGGGGGCUCCGGCUCGAUUCAUCAGCUCCGGCUCAUCAGGGAAGAAUCAGCACCAGCCCUCCCUUGCUUGGUCCAUCAGCUUCUCCGCCGCGACGCCGUCGGACAACCUCGCAAAUCCGUCGCCCCCACCGUCGUUGAACCAGAUACUUUUUGAAUCGUUGAAGCGACGGGAGAGGUUGCUGUCCUACACUCCUACAGAGACCGACUGGAAACGUAUGGAGACCCUUGAUGUCUGUUGGGCGUGUUGCAGCGUGUCCCUUACUUCGAGAUUUUAAAGAAGAUGACAGCUAGAAGUAUUUUUUUGAUGGUUAAACUAAAGUGUAAAAAUUGGGCAGGGGCGAAGUACGGAAAACCAAUUGGUUUUUCUACAGAUUUAAUCAUUUCAGUGGUUUGAAAAGUAUGUAUGUACGAGUACUUCAUUCGGCACUUUUGCUUACUCUUCAUAAAACGAAAGGGCAGAAUCAUAAAGUUAAAUUUUAUCUCUACACUUCCUUAAUUCCCGGUCAAAAUUUGCACCUCAAUUCGGGACGGAGGGAGUACGUCUGUACGUACUUUGGAAAAACUUGUGCGCAGUGCGCUUCCUCUUCCUCACGGCCUUUGAAUGGAGGCUAAAUGCAUGUAUCCCUCCCAAAUUGGAUCUUUCUUCUGGCCUUGCUACAUCUUUCUUACCCCUUUUGAUUUCACCAAUCAUAAUGUGGUUCACAAUACUAAUUUGGAUGAGAGGAAAGCGCAUAAAAGAACGUUUUUAGUAAGCAAACAAGAAAUGGUGAUGACUUCAAGUGGCCUACAACUUAAGAUCAAGAACAAUCUACCAGGCAUAGAUCAGGACUUCCAAAACCAAAAGCUGCAGCAGAUCUGUUCGGGCGAAGGAACCUGCUAGGCCUAGGUGGAAACCUGUCAAGAGUACUCCAGAGGUUAUGGUCUGCCAUUAACUCAGUGGUCAGCCAAGGAUCUAGAAAUCAUGGAUAGGUGUGACCGGCGUCUUGUUGAGCUAGCACUUGACUACUACCAUAACUCAUGUAAGGCGAUUCAGAGAUAAACUUCGGGAAAACUUCAGGCCGUCUUCAAGAAUCUUGGGACAAACUUGAGGCGGUCUUACAAGUCUUAGCAUACUCUCACUCUGCUGCUGAUGGUAAAUUUCUCUCCUAUCAUCUUGGGGACUAUGGGGAGUAUUAUCUUCCAUCAUCUUUUUAGUGAGGGUUUUGUAAAAACUAGAUUCUCACAUGUGCAAUAUGCGAAACAUAAAUAUUCUACAUUUACUAAUAAUGUUAACAAAUCAUAUUAUUUAAUUUUUGGGUAUCACACAUGUGAGAAUAUAGUUUUGACAAAAUCCUCACAAAUUCAUUCAUGUGUAUCCUUUCCCAAAAAAGAGAAAACUUGAUACAAAUAAAUAUUGACUAAUCUAUAAUUCCUAUAGAACAAAUUAGUUAAAUUUGAACUCAUUGCGUAUUUCUCCCUAUGUUUUUCCCUUCCAAAUUGCUAUGGUGUUUGUUUUCCUAAUUUCUUUCCUUGGUAUUUUCUUAGGUGUUAUAAAUACAUACAAAGGUAAUUACAUUUUGUGAAUGUAUCCAAAAAAUUGAUCACCACAUUACCCAACAUUACAAAGAUAGUUUUUUAAUGACGUACCCAGUGUGCGUCAAUGCACCAACGGUUGUAGUCCGCGGUUAAUACGACACCAUAUUCUGAUGUAAUCCAACACAUUUACCAAGUUUGAGCAUGAUCCAGUCUUCAAAGUCACCCACCGCACAAGGAAUUCCACGGAUAAUUGAGGAGGGCAUGGGAUUUCUGUCUGCUGGGCGCGAAUCAUUAACAUACUUUCCAUUGCCUCAAUGGCUGCUAUGCAGUAGCAAGUCAUCCCUAUAGAACACAUUAAAACGCGAUUCUUGAACAAAAAAACAAAGAACCUAUAAAACAUAUCAAAAUCUCAUUCUUCUUGAAACAAAGAAAACCAAUAGAACAGUUCAAACCCCAUUCAUUCUUGAACAAAAAACAGAGAACCCAUAAAACAGUUCAAAAUCACAUUCUUCUUGAAACAAAAAUGAGAACAGAUUAAAACCUCAUUCAACAAACAAAAAGUAAAGAUAAAAAAGAGCACCUCUAUUUUUUUAUCCCUGAAAGCUGGGAGGAUUUGUGCUACAUAUGCCCUUCUUCUCCAAGUAAAUGUGGGGUGUGUCCCCAUUUGUAGUCUGAGGAGCGAGAAUGGAGUUUGUCUGAAAUAUGAUUCUUGAAGAUGUCGAUUUUUUCAGAAGCCGUCUAAACCGAAUAUGAAGCUUGUAAACUUGAAAGGAGCAAGAAUGGAGUUUGUUUGAAAUAUAUUUCUUGAAGACGCCGGCUUUUUCAGAAGUCGCCUAAACGGAAUAUGAAGCUUCUAAACAUGAACAGAGCGAGAGUGGAGACUGUCUGAAAUGUCCAAAAAUUAAAUUUUGUCUGUGAUUUAAUUUUGGGUAGACCGUAGAGAUAGGUUGUAAAAUGAAACUAUUAGAUAGAAGGAUGAGUCUAUGACUACAAAUUCUAUACUGAGUAAUACAUUUCAAUGUCCCAUCUUUCUUGUGUGAUUAGUUCCUAAAAUUUAUUUAAUUAAAGAUAAAUAUACUUUAGUUGAUAUAAUAUGGGACGGUAUAGGUUAUCACAACUAAUAAUAUGGCCAUAUGAGACGUUAUACUUGUUACCUAUUAUAUGGGACGUUAUACGUUAUAACAUGUAUAACGUCUCAUAUGAUCAUAUUAUUAGUUGUGGUAACCUAUUAUGUCCCAUAUUAUUUCAACUAAAAUAUAUUUAUCUUUAAUUAAAUAAAUUUUAGGAACUAAUCAGACAAGAAAGAUGGAACAUUGAAAUGUAUUACUCAGUAUAGAAUUUGUAGUCACAGUCUCAUCCUUCUAUCUAAUUGUUUACAUUUUACAACUUAUCAGACAAACACCACUCUCACUCAUUUCAAGUUUACAAGUUUCAUAUUCCGUUUAGAUGACUUCUGAAAAAGUCAAUGUUUUCAAAAAUCAUAUUUCAGACAAACUCCAUUCUCGCUCCUUUCAAGCUUACAAGCUUCAUAUUCGGUUUAGGUAACUUCUGAAAAAAGCUGGCAUCUUCAAGAAUCAUAUUUCAGACAAACUGCACUCUCGCUACUCAGACUACAACAAAUGGGGACACACCCCACAUUUACUUGGAGAAGAAGGGCAAAUGUAGCACAAAUCCUUCUUGCUGUCAGGGAUAAAAAAGAUAGAGGUUACCUUUUUUAUUUUACUUUUUGCUUCAAGAAUGAAUGAUGUUUUAAUCUAUUCUCGUUUUUGUUUCAAGAAGAAUGUGAUUUUGAACUAUUUUUAUAGGUUCUCUGUUUUUUUGUUCAAGAAUGAAUGAGGUUUGAAGUGUUCUAUUGGUUUUCUUUGUUUCAAGAAGAAUAAGAUUUUGAUAGGUUUUAUAGGUUCUUUGUUCUUUUUGUUCAAGAAUCGAGUUUUAAUGUGUUCUAUAGAAAUUUGUUGCUGCGUAGCAGCCAUUGAGGCAAUGGAAAGUAUGUUAAUGAUCCGCGCCCAGCAGACAGGAAGCCCAUGCCCUUCUCAAUUAUUUGUGGAAUUCCUUGUGUGGUGGGUGACUUUGAAGACUGGAUCAUGCUCAAACUUGGUAAAUGUGUUGGACUACAUCAGAGAAUAUGGUGUCGUAUCCAACGCGGACUACAACCGUUGGGGCAUUGGCUCACAUUGGGUAUGUCAUAAAAAAACUAUCUUUGUAUAAUAUUCGAUAAUGUGGUGGUCAAUUGUUUAGAUACAUUCACAAAACGUAAUUACCUUUGUAUGUAUCUAGAACACCUAAGAAAAUACCAAGGAAAGAAAUAAGUUGAUACUUAUUUGUAUUAGUUUUCUCUUUUCAAAUGAAUUUUUAAAUAUAAUUGCGCAGUUAAACAGCGCAGUAUAUUUCAGAAAGUCAUUAGACUGUCUUCCCAGUUUUAUUCUUAAUGAAGAAGAUACUCAAAAUAUUUCAUCAAAAAAUCCCACAAAGAACCGCCCCAAAUGCCGAUAGCCGGACAAAAUCUCCUUUAUAAGGGGUUAAUAUGAAUUCGACCCUCCGGACUGCUUUUGGGUAUGAUAUUGAACAGAAACUAUGCCCAAGACUCCUUACAAAAGAAAAUGUCAAACCGGUGUUGUCGUUGGUUGCUCCUAGCCAACUUGGUUCCGGAAGCUUAAUGGUUUCUGAGGUUACAAGGGCACGUUGGAUUGGGUUAUGUUCAACCUAAACCUAUAAAGAUCUUCAUAAAUAGAGCUGCAAUACAUCAUAUUAGUGCCGAUGAAGAAGAUGAAGUGACUUCCAAACUAAAGUGCUCUGUCUUUGAUCGGAUUGAGAGGGCAAGAUCAAGGCCCACCGUCUUUGAUAGAUUGGGUCUGAAGCCAAAGAAAGUUAUGAAGAAGACUUUAUAAGAAUGGCUUGGAACGAGCCCAAUGAUGAUGAAGUACGCUGAAGACCCAUGCAUGGGACAAAACUUCAAAAGAAUGUCUGUACAUGAAAGAUUGGGAUUGAAACAUGAACGCAAUACAUCUGCUGAAGUUCCUCUCGAAAAGCAAAGUUUUAAUGAGUAUAGAAGUUUUAUCCCAUCUCGUAUGAAACGAGAAACCAGUGUUAAACUAACCUAUGGAAGUGCACUCAAAGUCAAGCCAGUGACCAUUGUGCACACUCGUGGUCGAUAUGAAGACCAAUAUGAAGAUUCAGUACCCUUGAAGUCGGGGUAUAGAUAUGUCAAAUAAAAUGUUGAAAGCCUUAAACCACCAAUGAUGUUAUAAGUGGCUAAACUGCUAAAACAUUUCACUUCGUCUAUGGGUGAGCAUAAUCAUAGAUACUCUUGGCCCAUGAAAGUAUAAAAUGUGUACGGCAAGCUCAUGGCCCGCAUGAGUUAAAACUGUGCACGGCACCCCACCCCUUUAAAUUACCUAUUCAAAUGGUAUUAUGAACUACGUUUGACUUGAUCUCCUUCACAGGAGUACGUAGGCACCUCAAAAGUUUCAUUUUUGAGUUCAGUUAUAAGAAAAUAAAUCCCAAUUAAGUCACUUUUGUCAAAGAAAAUAUUAGAAGAAGGCUUACGAAAGAAAAAAGUCAGAUGAAUGGCAAAGGCUUGGGAAUUCUUUGAUGUCCUCCUCAUCGGAAGUUGAUUGAGCUAAGCAGCACCGACGAUCGGCAAUCGGCCUAAUUCUUUAAAUCGGUGCCAUCCCAACAAAGGGCUAAGCAGCACCGAUGAUCGGAAAUCGGCUUAAUUCUUCAAAUUUGCGUCAUUCCAACAAAGGGUUAAGCGACAACCAGCAAUCAGUCAAACUUCGUCCUCAUCAUCUUCCUCGAUCGAUCUAUUCUGUAGGCAGCUUCUUCGCACGUAAAAAAAAUAAUCAUGAGAUAGCAAUAGCUCAGCAUCUUCCUCGCCAGAUAAUCAGCAUUGAGUUCAGCCGGGAUUUCCCCUCCGACUGGCGAACUCAGCUUCCGAUCAACAGUCCACCGAUUGGAUUCUUCUUGUCAAAACGCCACGGUAGACACCAUCUCCUGUCCGCUGCAAAAAAAAAAGAAAAAAAAUCUGGGCAGCGGAAAUCAUUAUCAAAAGCUCGGCUAAGCCUUCUUCUCCGGCAUCACUUCGACCUAUGUUUGAUAGUGGCAGCAACAGUGUUACUUUCCCAGGCUUGGAACGGACCUAUUCUUCUUCUCCCAAGUGAAGUCACCAUCUCGAUAAAGAAGCGCCUUCAUCUGACAGCAACAGAGGAACCCUGCGAACCUUUCAACAACAAUCAACGCCUUCACCUUUACUCACAAGGCCAGGAAGAAAAAAUUUGCAACUCUGCUUCCUUCACAACUCCGGGUGCCUUCAAAUCAUGGAAUGAUGGGCGAGACAUAAACACAGGGGAUGUCAAAUGAGGGUCUCCUAGUCUUCUCACAAGAAUUGGGAGUUCUGUUGGUAGUCGUUUCUGUAAAUUGAUUCCAUAUGUGGCUGAUUUUGUCUCCAGAAAUCUUCCCUGCAAAAUGCCAAAAGAAGAAAGUGAGAAGGAAUUAAUAUAAAAGAGGUUUAGCUCCUGCUGUUCUUUGCUCUGAAUUUGAGAUUGUUGGAGGAGCAAAUUGCUAUUGCCUCCUAUCUAUAUCUAUAUAUAUAUUAACCGAGUUAAGUGAAGUUCCCGCUCACGCACAGGGGCAUUCCCGUAACUAUGCUUAAUUUCACUUAAUCAUCGCUACGAUGCUUGGAGCCUGGUCUCUUUCUUCUUACGUUUCUUACGCUUCUUUUCUUCUCCAUCUUUUCCCCUUCUUAUUCAAUCCGGACUCUGAAGUUAUGUUCUAGCCUGGUAUUUCUUCUUUCUUCGGAUAUGUUCUAUGCCUAACACAGCCGACUCAUUUGAGCGUCUCUCUAUUGGAUCUGGAACAUUACGCUUUAAUACUAAGCAACAUGCUCUUCUCUCUGUUGUGCCGCACACUUUUUUGGAUUUGUUGAGUUCAGGCAAUCAGCGAUUUCAACUUCUAGCUCGGUUGGCCUUCUCAUUAUUAGUUAGUAUUAUCUCCCAAAUCUCACUCUUUUUAUUUAUUUUUCUUUAAAUUCUUGAUAUUUCGUAUCUACUCACAAUUUAAUCUGAGUUUCCAUACAAUACAUGCUCAAGAGUGUGAAUUGUUUGAUAAUAAAGUUAUCAUUUGAAACAAUUUAAGUGAACUUGCAUAAGCUUGGAACUACUAAACGAUUUCUUGGUGCUCAGAGUUUUAUCAUUAUAUAUUCACACUUUCAUUCUCUAAUCUCAAUUCGUUAAAGGCUUAGCAUAGAUAGCAUCAAUUACUUCUGCCUCUUGCUGGAUAGUUCCACUCUAGCAACACACUUCAGCACUUCACCCUACACAAAUUCUACUCAUGUGAUUCUAAGCUCCUUACUUUGGUUAUUCUGAUUUUUCUGACCUUCUCAAGAUUCAACUCAGAACUUAACUAAGGUUUGUAAUUUUAUAUUAUGUGUCUUAUUUUUGGUUGUUUCCUUCAUCGGAGAAUUAAACUAUAAGAUUUCUAAUGGUUGCAGGCUACUUUAAGCCACUCCACUCAUGAUUCUUUUUCUUGUCUCUGCACCUAUUGCAUCUUAGCACUUUGGUAUUGGCAUUUUCAUUAGGUAUAAUUUAUUAAUCAUUCUAACUUUUCUUAUUUAUUGUUGUUAAUCUAAUGAUAUACAGGUAUCCAUGUUUCUGGCAUCUCCCGUUUGCUAAUAGAGGUUAUUUAAUAAUAGGUUUAGAAGAAUGUUACAAAAAAAAUACAAGGAAUCAUGUAUAAUUGAGAACACAACCUCUCAAUUAUGUAAGUAUUAACCGAGAUGAAAUAGAAAAUGGAUUGAGAUUUCUUUUUACUUUUGUUAUACGGUUAGAAGUAUAUUUGUUUUUUUUAGGUAUGUUAUGUGUCAUUUGCCAGUCUUGGUAUGUUUGUUCCUUUUCCCUAUUUCAUAAGCUAUAAGUUUUUGCUGAAAAACACUCGACUUUCUGCUAUAAACAUGUGCAUGUAUGAAAAUUCUGUUUGAGGAAUUUUUUAAUUAGCUAAUCUGCGAAGUUAGAGCUCACUUAUCGUGUCCCAUACAAAUAAGGGGAUCCCAAAUCUGUAAAUGCAUGCUUAUUAGGGAUGUUAAGUCUGCCAUGUUCAAAUCUGUGCAUAUGGUGCUUUUAGUAUAAGGGAUGAGUGCUUUCUUUCCUCUCUUUUCAUUUCAAAUCUGCUGACUUUCUUUGCCAUAUGUUUGCUUCAAUCCAGAGUGGUCUCCUUUAAUGACUUCAGGCCUAUUUGCCUACAAUCUUUUAUUAGCAAGGUUAAUACCUGAGUUUUAGCUUUAAGAAUGGCUGCAUUGCUUCCUAAGGUGAUAUCCGAGGAACAAGCUGGUUUUUUAAGGGCCAUGAAGUCAAUGACCAUAUUCUAAUUGCAUAUGAAAUGUUGCACGUGUUGGAUAGAUCAGUGAGAACCUCCAAUGUAGCUAUCAGGCUUGAUAUGCAGAAGGCAUUUGAUAGAGUUCCGGAAGUUUUUGCUAGCUAUUUUGGAUGAUUUUGGCUUCAAGGAGCAGGUUCAAAAACUCAUUCUGAACAAUCUCAAGACAACCUAUAUAUCCAUCCUUAUCCAUGGAAAGCCUUUUGGUUUCUUUUAACCAGGAAGGGCAGUGAAGCAGGGUGAUCCAUUCUCACCCCUUUUGUUUAUUCUUAUUUCUAAGGGCUUUUCAGGAGGCUUGAAACACAACAUGAGCCUAGUAAAAAUUCAGCCAUUUAACUAUGGAAGAGGGCUAUGGAUGCAUCUCUAGGUAGCAGAUGCAACAGAACUUCUUUAAGCUUUCUUUAAGGUUUUCUUUAUAUUUGGCUUCAAGGAGCAGGUUCAAAAACUCAUUCUGAACAAUCUCAAGACAACCUAUAUAAGCUAUGGAUGAUUUUGUCCCAAGAGAUCCAUGUCGCUAUUUCCUUCUUGAUAAGGCCCAACAACCAUCACGGUAGCCCAAUUAAUUCAUGUAGUAAUGGCCCACUAAUUUUAGAUGUCCACAAAUGCCCCUCGAGAUUUGUGCAGAAGGCAUUUGAUAGAGUUCCGGAAGUUUUUGCUAGCUAUUUUGGAUGAUUUUGGCUUCAAGGAGCAGGUUCAAAAACUCAUUCUGAACAAUCUCAAGACAACCUAUAUAUCCAUCCUUAUCCAUGGAAAGCCUUUUGGUUUCUUUUAACCAGGAAGGGCAGUGAAGCAGGGUGAUCCAUUCUCACCCCUUUUGUUUAUUCUUAUUUCUAAGGGCUUUUCAGGAGGCUUGAAACACAACAUGAGCCUAGUAAAAAUUCAGCCAUUUAACUAUGGAAGAGGGCUAUGGAUGCAUCUCUAGGUGUUCCAAGUCACGAGUUGAAGCUAAAAGUUGGUGUACCGGUGAUGCUCAUGAGGAAUAUAGAUCACUCGGCCGGCUUGUGUAAUUGUACCCGACUUUUAGUGACAAAACUUGGUGCACAUAUUAUUGAGUCACAGAUGAUGUCUGAUACUAAUGCAGGUGAGAAGUUUCUUAUUCCCAGGAUAAGUCUAACCCCAUCGGAUGUGAGGCUCCCUUUCACAUUUACGCGUAGGCAAUUCCCCUUGAUGGUUAGCUAUGCGAUGACGAUGAACAAGAGCCAAGAACAAUCUUUAGAAAAUGUGGGUGUCUUUCUAUGACGUCCUGUUUUUACACAUGGACAUUUAUAUGUUGCAGUUUAGGUGACGAGCCCGUCUGGCUUGAAGUUUGUGAUACGCGACGACGAGGGAAAUCAGAAAAAUACCGCAAAAAAUGUUGCCUACAAAGAAGUUUUCAAUAAUUUGUAACUUGUGUGCUUAUUAAACUUCAAAUAUUUUUUAUUACAUAUUUAUUAAUGGUUACUCUCAUUCCUUUGAUAAAUUAUAAUAUAAUCUUUAAUUUUAUUUAAAAUUGGAGUUUAGAGUAUAAGUAUUUUACACCCCGUGCAACGCACGGGUGGAAUACUAGUUUUCAAAGAUAUCAGAAGGUAUUUGACUAAGAAUGUACUUGUUUUCAAAGACGUUGGUGAGAGUUUCACUGGGACUCUAAUUUGACGACCAUAAACUGCGGAUCUAUUUUCAUCCAAAUAUAUUCUUUGGAUUGAAUUGAUUAGCAAACACACUUUUCUUUAUAAAUCAUACGUGCUAUUAGUCUAUUUCUUUUUAGACUUGAGCAUUUGGAUCAAUUUUGCAAAAUGAUAAACAUUAAAGAGCUCCCAGAUGGGUUUGUUAAAUAAAAAGGUAAGCAUAUCUUAUGUCCAUAUGUGAUUUGGCCCAACUUAUAUUCGAGAAUUACUUUUCUCGUUAAAGAACGUUCAAACAAAUCUCGAGGGGCAUUUGUGGACAUCUAAAAUUAGUGGGCCAUUACUACAUGAAUUAAUUGGGCUACCGUGAUGGUUGUUGGGCCUUAUCAAGAAGGAAAUAGCGACAUGGAUCUCUUGGGAUAAAAUUUAUUAAUUUAAUUAAUUUGGAUCAUUCAAAAUAUCCAAUUAAUUUAAUUAUAAAAUAAAUCCAUAAAAGAAUGGACUAGCCCUAUUAAUUUUGAGCUCAUUAUCAUAUAGUGGCUCAAUAAUAAGAGACAUGAUCCAAUUGAUAAAGAGGUCAACGAAUCUGGCUAUUUGAUAAAAUUUAUUAAUUUAAUUAAUUUGGAUCAUUGAAAAUAUCCAAUUAAUUUAAUUAUAAAUUAAAUCCAUAAAAGAAUGGACUAGUCCUAUUAAUUUUGAGCUCAUUAUCAAAUAGUGGCUCAAUAAUAAGAGACAUGAUCCAAUUGAUAAAGAGGUCAAUGAAUCUGGCUAAGAAAUCCUUCCAUAUGCAUGGAAAAUAGCUAUGAACCUUGUUAAAAAAGCUGUCCAAAUACACCGGACAAAUGUUGAUUAUUAAAAUGCAAGCAAAUAGAGCCCGAAGCCCAUUUUUAUUGAGGCUCAUGAGGUAUGUACGAAUUUUGGAACCCUAAAGCAUAUAUUAUCCCCAUCCACACCUAUAAAUAGGGGUCUCAGUUGAGAGGAAUGGGAAGAGAACUUCCAGUCGAAGAAACGCUGCAGAAAAGCUAUGAAGAACUCCCGAAAGGCUCUGAAGGAUUCCGAAACAUCGGAAGAUAUCAAGCCACUUUUUGUCAAGAAUAUAUGAUUAAUCCUUUGUGAUUUUCAUCUAUUCUCGAUCAAACAAAGUCAAAAGUUGAAGAACGUUCGAAGAUCUGAAGAACAAAGCUUAAAGAUUCGAAGAUCUGAAGAACGAAGCUUUGAAGAUUCGAAGAUAUGAAGAACGAAUCUUUGAAGAUUUGAAGAUAUUCAUAUGAAGAUUGAAUCAAAAUUCAAUUGAAGAUCAAGCCAUAUAUCCCGGGAGGCCCUUAAACAGAAGAUUAAGCCAUAAAACGGCCCUUUUGUUGAAGAUCAAGCCACUUGAAAACCGGAGGUCCUUCAAUUUGAAUUCUUUAUUCAAGAAGAUUUGAAGAUCUGAAGAACGAAGAUUCGAAGAUCUCAAGAACGAAGAUUCGAACAACGUUCGAAUAUUUGAAGGAUUAGAGAUUUAAUUUUAAAUUAAAUUCUUUAAUUAUAGUACUUCAAAUUGCAAGUGAAGAAUCAGAGGAUUCAUAUUUAGAGAUUGUACCCAAUAUUUUCAUAUAUUAUUAUUUGCGAUCAAUUUUAAGUAAAUACUUAAAAUUUGUUUCACAAAUACAUUAACAAAUAAGUAGUGUAUAAAUGAUAGAGUAUAACCAAGUAACC